GCUGAGAGGUAAGAGGAAGAAGAGAGACUCAAAGGAAAAAAGGGAGAGGCGGGAGGAUUUUUUUUCAACUCAGUUCUUCUCUCUUCUCCGGCGGUCUUUCGUCGUCUCUUCCUCUUCACUCCGGGAAGAUGGAUAUGGUAGAGACUUCCUCCGUCGCCGCCGUCAAAUUGCAGUCAGCGGAAGACGCGAUUGACUCAACCGCGGAUAUUACCCAACCUCCAAAAUCGCAGCCGCCGUCACGUGAAGUCGAUUCGUUACCAGUUUCUGGAUCUUUCGAAGAUGUCGUUGGCUCGGAUUUACCGUGUUUACCUCCGUCGGAUGAUGAUUUUGACCACGGUAGAAAUAGCGGCGAGGAUCUUGACCACGAUCACGGCGAUAAUCCGGUCGAGACUGACGUUGUUGUUAACAACGAUGAGUUGAAAAAGAAGAUCAUUAGACAGGUUGAAUACUACUUCAGUGACGAGAAUUUGCCUACUGACAAAUUUCUUCUCAAUGCUAUGAAGAAAAACAAAAAAGGCUUUGUUCCUAUAUCUACUAUUGCUACGUUCCAUAAAAUGAAGAAGCUUACUCGAGACCACGCUUUGAUAGUAUCAGCUUUAAAGGAGUCGUCAUUUCUUGUUGUUAGCUCGGAUGGGAAGAAGGUGAAGCGUCUGAGUCCUCUUCCUGAGGUCAGGGAUCCAAAGAUUUUCACUGUGUUGGUAGAAAAUUUGCCAGAGGAUCAUUCAGAUGAGAAUAUUCGGGAGAUAUUUGGUAAAGCUGGAAGCAUAAAAAGUGUAUCCAUAUGUGAUCCGAACGCUGUUGAAGAAUCAGAUAAGGGUUGUAAGAAGGACACAUUUAUCAGAACCAGAUUACAUGCCUUUGUGGAAUAUGAAACAGUGGAGGCAGCUGAGAAAGCGGCAGCUACAUUAAAUAAUGAGCAAGACUGGAGAAAUGGGUUGCGAGUUAAGCUUCUUGAACAAGCAGGAAAGUUUGCUCAGAGAAGACCAGCUAGGAGGGAAGUCGAUACAGAGAAGGACAGUACAGGCCGAGUGCAUGACAAAACUGGAGGUGAGGAGAACAAAAAGUCAAAUGAACAUCAGCAUCAUCGUCACCAUCAUUCUGAUACUCCGGCUGAUGAUGAAGGGGGGCACAAAAAUGGGAACAAAAGCAGAGGUCGGGGACGGGUAAGGCGACCGAAUCAUGUAGGCAGCAAUGCCACAGGACAUGGAACCUCACCAUCAAGCUCAUCGUCUUUCCAUCAAAAUUAUAAUCAUCAUCCUGUUGAGGUUUCAAAGCGUCCGCCUGGCCCGAGAAUGCCUGAUGGGACGAGAGGUUUUACAAUGGGGCGUGGUAAACCGCUUCCUCCUCCUCCCACAUCUUCACACGAAGUUUGAUAACAUGUUUUCUCAUCUCUGUUUGUAUAAUUGUGUGGUUUCGUUUCGCCUUUUUUUAAGAAAAAGAAAUUGAAACAUGUAUGUAGUUAUGGGAAGUGAGAUGUUGUGUGGGAUUUGGGUUUCCUUUUGGCUUCUACGAGUCCUCUGAAUGCUCACUUGGAGUUAGCUUUGGUGUUGUUGUUAAUGCUAAAUUUCGUUUAAUGGAAAAGUGAAUUCAUUUGAUGACUU